AUGGCGGUGCCCGCUUUUCUCACCCUGAAUCGCCGCGAGACUCUCGAGGGCAAGCAGACUGCUGCGCGCGAGAUUCUCGCCGAGGGCGUCAGAACGGGCCCGUCGCAGCAGGCCAACGGUGUCUUUUCCUACGGCCUGUCGCCCGCUUGCGCCCACUAUCUCGAUAUUGCGCUCUCUGAAAAGGCAGAGGAGCUGAAUGUCUGGGCCGGCAGACGCGGCAAGCGCAUCACCAGCACCACCAUUCUCGACAAGCAUCCAGACACGUUUCGCCUGGAGCAGGGCCACCCCAUGCCCACGCCAGACGACUGCGUGGCAGUGGUGCUGCCGCUGUCGAGUGCCGCCGUCGAGGUGGAGAGCAAGGGCGAUGGCGCCGAGGCUGCGGCUGCGGCUCGCGCCGUGUGGGAGCCCGAGACAGCCAUGCUCGUGGCGGCGGGAGAGGCCUUUUCCGUCGUCGAGGGCAGCACGCACUUUGUCUACGUUUUGGUCCGGAUGGAAGCUGCAGAGUAA